AUGUUUGCCCAAUUACUAGAGCUCCCAAUUAGGCCCUGGCAGGUUCUGCUUGGGACUUUUAUUGUAUACCAUGCUGUGCGGGCAAUAUACUUGGUUUAUUUGAGUCCGCUUUCAAUAUUUCCUGGUUCGAAAUGGGCUGCUUUGGGAGAAUACUGGGAGGCGUAUUGGAAUAUUGGGGUUGCUCCUGGAAAGAAGGGGCAAACUCUUUUCAAACUUGAGAAAAUGCAUAGGAAGCUUGGUGGCGCGCUUCGAAUGGGACCUAAUGAAGUCCACAUUUAUGAUCCUCGUUUCUACCAUGAACUGUACAAACCAGGGAGCAAGUACUACAAGGAUCCAACUAUGCACAAAGUGCUUGGAGCACCAUCUUCAACACUUGCGGAAAGUGAUCCCAUUCGACACAAACAGCGCAAAGCACCGCUCGAGCCAUUGUUCUCCAAGAAGAACAUCUUGAGUUUGGAACCAAUGUUGAUGAAGCACGUUGACCAUUGCUCCCAAAGAUUUGACGAGUUCUACAGGGCUGGAAAACCAGUGUCCAUGGAGUGGGCGUUGAAGUCUCUUGCCAUGGAUAUGGUGUCGCAGUUUGCCUUCGGAAAAUCUCUAAAUGCCUUGGCAGAUCCAGAGUUCAAGUCUAUGCCUGUUCGAGUUUUCCAAAAAUAUUUACCCAGUCUGCACGUCAUCAAAGCAUUCCCUUUUGUCAGAUACUUAAAUAGCCUCCCCCUCUGGAUUGCAAAACAUAUCUCAGAGGACGUUGUGAUGGGUCAUGAGCUUGAACAGUUUGCAUCCCGCCGAAUCGAGGAGUAUAUUGCCGAUGCCAAUAGCGGCAAAGCCCCCAGCUUCCCCACCCUCAUGGAAAGACUGCUUAUCCCGCUCCCAGAAAAAGGAUACCAAGUACCAAGCAAGCAAGGACUUCGCGAUGAAAUUCUGACAGUUAUCUCAGCCGGUGAUGAUACCACAGGAAUAGCAAACAUGGUAACGAUCUUCAACAUUCUCAACAAUUCCCAGGUCCAAGACCGUCUGCUCAGAGAACUUAAAACUGUGAUGCCAACACCAACUUCCCACGCGCCGUAUCUUCAACUGGAACAAUUGCCGUACCUCACCGCCGUUAUCAAAGAAGGCCUACGCUACUCUUCACCGGCAGCUUCUCGUACUCCCCGUCUGGUUCCUCCUGGAGGCGUAACGUUGCCUGAUGGGCGGUUUAUCCCUGCCGGCACCCGUGUUGGAAUGGCAAUCUACCACAUCCACUACAAUGAGGAUUUGUUUCCUUCGCCCCGGACGUUUGACCCUGAGCGCUGGCUAGGGGACCCAGAGGAGGUCCAGAACCGUUUGAAGUUCAAUGUUGCAUUCUCGCGAGGGAACCGAAGUUGUUUGGGGAUUAAUUUGGCAUACAUGGAGAUGUAUAUGGCCAUCGCAUACCUCAUCCGUCGCUUUGACCUGCAACUUGUGGAUACAACUGAAAAGGAUAUGGUGUGGGAUGAUAUGGUGGUUCCUCAAUUCCAUGGUGAGCUCAAGGUCAUGACGAAGCGACGAGAAGAGUAG